AUGGCCCUCUGGCAAGGAUUCAACCAGCAAUUGCGCCGAGUAGUGCCUAAGGCUACUGGUGAGGCGUGUUUGACUCAGUCACGGAGAUAUGCCAGUUCAACAAUCCCGCGGAGAAUCGGAGGAACGGUCAAUGUGAACCGGUGGGGGUCGGCCACAAACAAGAGCCUCCAGUUGCCCUCGCAAGGGUGGAAGUCAGCUCAGCGUACAUUCUCUGUCUCUGCGCAAGCUGCCCACGGUCACGUCACACCCCCGAAAGCCGGCGAGGAAAUCAACAUUACCUUUGUUGAGAAGGAUGGCACCAAAGUCGAGUUACAGGUAGCUGAGGGAGACAACCUGCUCGAUAUUGCACAGGCGAAUGACCUUGAGAUGGAAGGUGCUUGCGGUGGUUCAUGCGCUUGCUCUACCUGCCAUAUUAUCGUGGAGGACCCGGACAUGUUCGACAAGAUGGAGGAACCAUCAGACGACGAGAAUGAUAUGCUUGAUCUGGCAUUUGGUUUGACCGAGACCUCUCGGUUAGGAUGCCAGGUUUUGGUCACCAAGGAUAUGGACGGCAUGGUGGUGAAGCUGCCGACAAUGACACGGAACCUACAGGCUAGCGAUUUCGAAUCGAAAUAA